AUGCCACCACGAACGAGUCAAUCUGCUAAUGCAGAGACACAUUGGAAGAAUAUCUCAUCGGGCAAUGGAGCGUAUGAUAACCAUGAACUGCCGCAGUAUACUCUACCAGGAGUUAUCAACUACCUUACUUCUGAGUUUACAAACCUUGAACGAUUCAAGAUCAUGACCAAUUUGGAGAAAUCCGAGAUGAAAUACAAGAUUGUUCAUUUACAAGGAGAGAUUAAGUCUUUGAAAUUUAUCAAUGAGAAACAAAAGACGCGAAUUGAAAGUUUAGAGAUGGAAAAUCAGUUACUCCGAGCACGCAUCAAUGGCGAGGUUACGAAAUCGGCCAAAGUCACGGGAUCAACAAUCGAUACACACUUAGAUACAGAAUUUGACGGCUUAUCUGAGGUAGAUAUCCAGCAAAUCAAAGAGUCCAAACAGCGAUUAAAGGACUCAACGAGGGAAAUCAUAUCAUUGCUCAAAACUCCUACAUCGAACCUCGAAUUGCUCAACUUGCCCAAAGACGAUAGAAAUGAUUUUGAUGUCUUGGUUAAAGGGAAAGAUAACUCACAAAAAGUAUCAGAAAAUGAAUUGGAGCAGGAUUCCGAAUCAGAGUUGAAACUGAACAAAAAUGCAAGAUCGAAUAAGAAUGUCAUUUUGCAAUUCUUUAAUGACGAUGGGGAUAUAAGCGAGAUUGGUAAAGAUAUAGAUGAUGAUAUCGAUGAUGAAAUUAAUGGUUUGAGAAAUGAAGAAGAGAGGAAAUAUGUGCAUAGUGACGACGAUAUAGAUGAUGUAUUGGAGCGAGCGUUGACGAAUGAGAGUGAUGCUACGACAAUGAUUCUAGAUGAUGAACCUGAUGAGACGAAUGAACCGGGAGAAAGAGUUUUAAGCGAUACAAUGGAAGUGCCUAUGGAGCCAAAACAAAAGGAAGAGCAGGAUAAACAGGAGGAGGAGGAGAACAAGAAAAAAGAAGAGAAGAAGGAGAAAGAAGAGAAGGAAGAGAUAACGAAGAAGAAGGAAGAGGAGAAUGAUAAAGAUGAAAAAGAUGAGGAAAAGGAGAUGAUUGAGUACGAAAACAAUCAAAUCUUUGAAUGUGACGGAACAAUAAUCAAUUUGAGUCUGCAUGACCAUGCCUCUGUUACAGGACGUAACCAAAUACGGUUGUCAUUAAAGACAACCGAUAAAGUUACAACUCGAUCUUUUGAGACAAAGCUGGACCCAUCUAAAACAGUAAAUAUCUUUGCUUUGUCAGAAUUUGCAUUUAUAAUUAUUUUCAAAGACACGGAUCCUACAUUUGUAACUUUUAACGAGGAGGGAGCUACAGAAACCUCACUUGCAUCGUUUAAAAACAACCUAUCUGAGAUUACUCAUAGCGCUAUCGUCAAGAUUAAACUUGCAAACAAUGAGGAAAAAGAUGACAAGAAUAGAAAUAUUGCUUUAUAUGGGCUUGCUCUUCAUGGAAAGUCCACAAGCUCUAAGUCCACGUUGACAAAGAUUUACCAACUCGCGUACAACACCAACAUGAAUCAGAUUUCGUCAAUCAAGGAUCUUGGAAGUUUUAACAAGAAGUCAAUCACCAAGAACUUUAGACACGCAGAUAAAUUCUCAUUUAUCGGCUGGUUUGUCAACCCUUCUAAACAGGCUCAACUGCCUGCAUCGAAACAUAAUGCAAGUGAAAGUGAAAGUGAAAGUACAAUUGCAAUUGCAAAUGCAAACCCUGCAAAAAGGAACAGUAAAGGUGGAAAGGGUUCUGAGGAGAGUAAUAUUUUGAAUGCUUAUGAACUUCUAUACAAGGUAGGUGAUCAAACGGUACUGUUAGACAUUUUGCUGCGGCAAGUAACUCCAUUUAAGACCGAGUAG